AUGACGCUUGUCCAAGGACUGGCCAGCGUGUCUACGGCUGCUGCGUCAGGCUGGCUGGCGAUGACCUGGCUCGGCUGGUCGUGGCUCCUGGCUCUGGUCCUGGCCAUGGCGGUGGGCGCGGUGGUGGCUAUGGCUACGGCGCGGUCAAAGUCGCCGGCUGAGCUGGUGGCCGAGGCCGAGUCGUGGGAUGCCAAGCAUCUGCGGCAUCACUCGGAGAUCCUGGAGCUGGCAGCUGGGCUGUGGAUGGUGGAGGGUAGCAAUGCGUACCCGCUGCCGCGAAACAUGUUCAUUGUUGCGCUGCGAUCCGGCGGCUUGCUCCUCUACUCGGUCGUCGCUAUGAACGAGGAUGCGAUGCGCGAGCUGGAGGCUCUUGGCAUGCCGGAGAUCAUGGUGGUGCCAUCGCGGCAGCACACCUUUGAUGCUGCCCGCUACAAGGCCCGGUACCCGCAGCUGACCGUUGUAUGUUCACCCGAGGAUGCUGAUGUGAUCUCCAAGCGGGUUAGCGUCUCGGCCACUUUUGACGAGACCGACGUGCUCGAAGCCGCAGGCGUUCGGGUCCUCGUCCCGCCUGGCCUCAGGCCACGGAUGGCUGGUGAGCGGGUACUAGUAGUGCCAAUUGCAGGUGGGCGGAAGAAGGCGCUUGUGUUCUGUGACCUUAUCUUCAACCUCCCGCCGUCGCAGUGCUCGAUCAUCACCCGGCUCCUCGGCUCCGGACCGUUCUUUGGGCCGACACGCAUCCUACGGUGGUUCGGACUUGCCGAUCGCUACGCGUUCCAGCAGUUCCUGCUAGAUUGCUCGUACAUGAAGGGCGUUGAUGCGGUGUUGAUGACCCACGGCUCGCCCGUGCUCGCGCCCUCGGCCACCGGCCUGCGGCUCGGCGGCGAUACAUGUACCAUUCCGGAGCUCUUGCUCGAGGCAGCGGCUCGGGCGUGAGUCGUGGCUACCGCUGUGGGAUGGAGGAUGUUCAUUGCCUGCAGUUAGCAGGGUGGCUUCUUCGCCUCCUCCCUCAGUCGAGCGCAAUGGCGGGCUACGAAAGCGCCGCACCGGCGAUUCCGACCAUAAACUGGGCGGUGGCUUC